AUAAUCGGCAGGGAUAUUCCUACGAGUCUACGACGACUGGGAGACAAAACGUGAAGUCGACUUGAAGGCUUGACCCUGGGCAUAUCCCCGAAGGUGGCUUACAUAAUCACCAUUGAGCUACCUGCUGGACCCUUCACACGAUAUCCACUAUUUCCCGUAUCAACCUGGAACCCAAACACUGGGCGUGAGCUUGACUACGGAUAGGAACUUGAGCUUCAUCGCAGCUCGUGCAUCCCCCCAUCCGAUACCUCAAGGACAUCACCGCAUCCUAGGAGAAGACACGAAACCAAACACCGAAUCUUCUUAGACUAAAAAGUGUGCAUCAGCCAUGUCGACAAUAACAGAAGUUGCCCUCCAAUCCUCCCAUCCUCCCAUCAUUCCGCUCUCUUUCAACGGCAACCAGUCCGAGACCGUCCGGCUCUACCCACUGUCCAACUAUACCUUCGGCGUCAAGGAGACGCAACCCGAAGAGGACCCGUCGGUAAUCGCGCGGUUGAAGCGCCUCGAGGAGCAUUACAGCCAGUAUGGGAUGCGCCGCACGUGCGAGGGCAUCCUCGUCUGUCACGAACACAACCACCCGCACAUCCUAAUGCUCCAGAUCGCCAAUGCCUUCUUCAAGCUUCCAGGAGACUAUCUGCGGCCCGAAGAUGAUGAGAUCGAGGGCUUCAAGGCGCGUCUCGACGAGCGCCUGGCCCCAGUCGGACGCAUUGGCGAGGGCGAAGAGCGCGGUGACUGGCAGGUUGGCGACUGCCUCGCGCAGUGGUGGCGUCCCAAUUUCGAGACCUUUAUGUAUCCCUUCAUUCCCGCGCACGUUACCCGGCCGAAAGAGUGCAAGAAGUUGUACCUCAUCCAACUACCGAAGAGCAAAGUCCUCAGCGUGCCGAAGAACAUGAAACUACUUGCCGUCCCCCUGUUCGAACUCUACGAUAACACCCAGCGGUACGGACCUCAGCUGUCAGCAAUUCCCCACCUCCUCAGCCGGUACAACUUCGAGUUCGUCGACGACAACGGCAAAGUUGUCGCCGUCACGCCCGGUACCGGCGCGCCAGAUGGCUAUGUUCCGUCCACGAAGGUCCUAGCCGGCGAUGACACCGAGAUGAACGAGGGAAUCAAGGAAGAGAACGGUGCAGCAUAGUGGAAGAGUCCAAGCAUGGCAUCGUACCGCAAGCAGUACGGGGUAGUAGACAUUGAGAUGGAAAGGGACGGUACACGGACAGACGACAAGGCGUUCGGCGCAGGCCACAAAGGCAUGACCUGUAUAUUAUACCUGAGUUCUACGGCCGGAAUGUGGAAAUUCCAAAACAACUGAUCUGGCUUGGGUCGUCGUGGAGCAGCCGCCAUUUUAAUUUCACCCACUACGCCGAAGCCCGCUAUCGUUUGGCUCCCGUCACAAUCUGGUUGGCGCCGUGGAAGCCAGUCAUGCCUUUUCGCCCUGGAUGGUGGCCAUGACUCGGCGCUGAUGUUUCGAGGCCCGAAAUUCUAGAUACCAAAUUCCUUGCCACGUUCCCGUUGC